AUGCACGAAUUCUUGUGGUUAUUCUUGUUCGUCAACGGCGUAUCGACAUGGGAGCUGAUUCCCUUGACCGGGGCUCAGCAAACUCAAAUCUUAAAUAGACACAACGUCUUUCGCUCCAAUCUUGCCAGAGGGCUUUACAAGGCGAAAAGUGGCUUCACUUUUGCCAAAGCUACAAAUAUGAGAAAAUUGGUUUGGAACUACACUUUGGUCCUUGAAGCAGCCACCUAUGCGGAAACGUGCCCCCCUAAUGCAAUCUCAAGUGCUGGGAUAAAUGUCUACAUCCAGCCUGUCGCUCCUGGAGAUCCACCAAAUACAAUAGAUCUCAUGGUCAACAAGACCGUGAACACAUGGGCUAACCAGUUUUUCACGAAUGGACCCAAAGGCUACGUCACUACAGCUGCUACAGCACACGCUACACAGAUGGCGUGGUCCACAACACAAUCAAUCGGAUGUGCGUAUGUUCUAUGUGGUAAUUUCUCGGGACGGAGAAUUGUUGUUUGUCACUACUAUCCACCUGGCAACGUUGUUGGGCAGAGGAUCUACAACCAAGGCGCCACUUGUUCGAAGUGUCCAACUGAAUCGCCCUGCCUACAGGCCAGCGGUCUAUGUGUUACUCCAACCUCAGUCGUUUUCCCAGCCGCUGUUCAAAGUUCAAUUAUAUCGGUU